CUCUCUCACACCAACACAUGAUUUGAGCUGUCGCAAAGUCACAUUUUCCUUCUGUCAGUCUCGUUUUCCAGUCGCGCGCGAUCGCAUCAACUGCUGAAUCACUUCCGAAAAUUAUACAGCACAAAAAUAUUACACCUGUCACUUAAAUUUGCUGAACCAAAAAGUCACCAAAAACUUUUGCAAGAAAAUCACAUGCUGAUUUUUAUAUCUUUUUUGUUUUGCAAUCGCCUCAGUAAAUGUAGUGGGCAAAAGUAAUUUUCGUUCGCAGCUGAUGAUUUUAGUGUUUUUGUUGUGUUGUUCUGAUUUAGUCGGGUUUUUUUUUAGUGAUUUCUCUUGAUGGUUUAGGGAUCUGUUUGAAUUUAAUACAAGAAUCAUGAGAUUUCCCGUCUUUGGGAGACGGACAGUUCAAUUUCUUAUGCCGGUUCUGAUUGGCUCAUGUGUCAGUAUGGCCUCCAGCGGUCAACCCGCGUCGGGUCAAAGGGUCGGUCCAUCACUAAUCAUCGAUGGUAUCAAUAACGUGGCUAAUAGUGCUUCUAAUUUUCUGAAUGGAGUUGUCCAGCGGCAGAAGGAAAUACUUCAUCACGUCGCGGAUUCUGCAACGGAUUACGUGGCGAAUGCUGUGGAGAGGCCUCGCUCCCUCAUCAUGAACACCGCUCUGAUGACCAGUAAUUACAUUGACAGUGCCGCGUCAAUUGGACUUGAUUUUAAACUUAGGAGAUUACUAGAGAAGUUUCGCACACGUAUGACACAUGGAUUUGCAGAAUUUGGAAUACCGAUACUUGAACCUCUUCAACUUGACGGAGUUUACUACGAGACACACAAUCCAGAAAUCGGCGAAUUGAAAUUGCUCUUGGAUAAUUUGACGAUUUCUGGGGUAUCGUCGUUUGUGGUGGAUCGAGCGAGACUGUCACUGAUCGGACCGUCGAUUGCGAUGAACCUGACCUUCCCAAAAUUAUAUCUCGAGGGAGAUUACAAACUUGGCGGAGUUCUUGGCGAUAUGUUCAAAAUUCAUGGUGCAGGUCCAGUUACAUCGGCAAUCACCGACUUGAAGAUAUAUUUUGCUACCGUUCUCGGUUACUCCCGGGGCAUGUACCUCAAGAGUUUUGAUAUGGAUUUUGAUAUCGGACACAUUGAGAUGUACCUCGGCAACUUGAUGGGCGACGAGAAGAUCGGAAAAGUCAUGAACGAAGUGAUCCAGGACGUUCUUCCCCAAGCCCUUGAAAUAAUGAAACCGGAUAUAGUGCCUCGUAUCCAAGAUUUUAUCGCCAGCAGAGUGAACAAUACAAUUUACCAUUUAACAAUGAGAGAUGUAUUGAGCUUUCUCAUCGGGGAGAGCGAAGUUCGCAAGUAUCCGCAUCUCCUCCAUCCAAGAUCGAAGUGAAAUAACAAAUGUGAUUAACUUAUUUCAACAGGUUUAUCGGUUUUUCCAUGACAUUGUGAAUUAUCACGGUUACCUUAUCACGGUCGGCUGAAAUAAUUUAUUAACUACUAAAUAUUGUCUUGAGGGAGUGAUAUCGAACGUCUUCUUGACACGCGCUACCGUAAUUCGUUAGAGUGGUUUUGUCAAUGAUCCUGAACAAUGAGAAGAAAAUAUCUAUCAAUGAAUUGGCCGAUUUUAUUUUUCGUGCGUGUGCUCCAUUCAAUUUACCAAAUUGAGUGGAGUAUAUCUUCUCGAAUUCUAUCGCUUCAAACUUCUCACUCGUGAAAUUGAAUAAUCAAAAAAUCGAUGGAACAUUUUGAAAUAAAAAAAAUUAGGUAAUGAAGCAAAUCUCAAAUAAACAUGUUAUCUUUUCAA